GAGUGGCCCGGCUGAGGAACGGUAAGUACCUAGACCCCUUUCUUAUUUAUCCAUUCCUGGUUGAAGUUCUUUUGCUUUCAUCUCUAACCCGCUAACUCUCGACCUAGAUGGCGCGGAGCCGCCCGUCCAUACGACCCGAACCGCCAAUCCUCACGACACCCGAAUCCACGGAAUAUGAGCGCACAUGGCGGGCUCCGUGGAGGACACCAACCCUCGCACGCCCCUAACAACACCAGUAACAGCACCUGGGGUGACGCGCGGGAUCCCUCGUCAGGACUAUCCCAGGAGCCGCACAUUCCCGUACGAGGCUUCAAUGCCGCCGAAGCCAAGGCGGCUCUGAAAAAAGGCCCAGGAGCGUCCAAACCCUUCUUCUACAAGCUUCAAGCCAAAGAUGCGAAUCACCGUGCGAGUGGACCGUGGGGGUCGAAAGCCAACGCCAUGGCCAACGGAAAGGACUUCUUCCUCGAGCUCCGGAAACAAGUCACUGCCCUGCGUCAGGGAGGAAACGCAGCAGGAGGUUGAUUGGAACGAGGCGAGACCAACACACUUGAAAUAUACCUACCGGUCCUACGGGCUUUUGGGGGGGGGGGGUCCGGCACCU